AGAAGACAAAAAUUUGUUACUUUGUUUUGCUAUAUGUUAAAAGUAAGGUGAUAGUGAUGCUAACUAAACAGCAUGGCUUACAGGUGUUUUUUUCUGUAGUCCUAACAAAGGAGAAUCCCAAGCACUCCACUUUCUCUAGUGAAAUCACUUAAGCCCCUGUUGAGAACCUGCCCCUGAACAUGGCAGCAGCCCAGCAGCACCAGGUGCUGCUGCCACACCACAGUUUGCGUCAGGAAGAGGUUUGGUUUGUUUGUUUUAAAGUUUGGGGACUCACAGUUCUCAGUCAGCACAGUACCGCACAGGGCAGGCCAGGACUGUCAGGCCUCACCUUCCCAAACCACAGCUUCCCUAGGUGCCAGUUCGCAGGCACCUGUGGGGAAAUCGAGACCUCAGAGUUUCGUGCUGUGUGACUAUGUACCUCGUGUGUAGGGGCCUGUGGGCCACACCUCACAGCAGCCACUUACUAGGUGAUGCUCCCGUUGCCCUCACUUAACAUCAGGGGUUAAACAUGGAGGGCACAGUCCUGUCUUCACAGGAGGAAGGACAGAGUUUUUCCUCACAAAAACACAGGUGAGGGUGUCAUGAACCAAUGAAGAACAACAUGGCUCAGUUCCACCUGUUUAACCAGCUGCCUUUUAGGGUUCUGCUGUUGCUGAAGAGAACGAGAUUCACCGGUGUUUCCUCUAGAGCAGAGUCCUGAGUGCAUGAACAAAGGGCAUCCUCCUCUCCUCAGCACCAUUUGAGCGAGGUGGGGGGGGGCAGAGAGGGCAAGCAGCCAGACCACGUAGAGCCCUACAAAAACUUAAAAUCAGUAAGUUCCUGCAGACACACUGCUGGAAAUCUCACAGAAGUUGCUCAAGGUUAGGGGAGGACGAAGCCUAGUGCCAGGAGCACACUUUCUCCUCACGCCCCUCCGGCUCCUGCUCGGCCAUGCCUCGGUUUCCCCCUCGAGCCGGCAGCUCGGAGCAGGCGGACGGGGCAGCUCCUCGCCUCCUCCGGCCGGGCCGGCUUCCAGAAGGGAUGCGGUGGGGAGUAGAACUUAAAACAAGGAGAGGGGAGCGCCACAAUGAGCGACCCGGGGCCGUGCCCGUCCGCGGCGGCACCUGCCCGUUGGCGGCGGGGAGUCCCGAGAGCUGCGAGUUUCUCGGCGCCCCCCCGCGCCGCUACGGAGUUAAAAACGGCGGCGCGACGUUAGAGCCGGGCCGGCGGCGGGGAGGCGCGGGCUGCAGCUGAGGAUCAGCUGCUGAGGGGAGCGGGGAGGAGCCAGCGGGAUCAGGAAGCGGCGGAGUGUCUAACACCUCUCUGCCAUGGCUGGCUAAAGAAAAAUCAUCAUAACCAUAACAAGGGGGGAAGCGGGGGAGGGGAGGCGGCGGCGGCGGGGGAAGGGGCGGCGGGGAAGGAGCGGCGGGGAGCGGCGCGGCGGCAGCAUGAAGAGGCGCGGCCGGGGGGGCAGCAUGCGCUCCGUGGUGGGGUUCCUGUCCCAGCGGGGCUUGGAGGGGGACCCCCUGCUCACCCACGACUUCCAGCGGCGACGCCUGCGGGGCUGCAGAAACCUCUACAAGAAGGACCUCCUGGGCCACUUCGGCUGUGUCAAUGCCAUUGAAUUCUCCAACAAUGGAGGCCAGUGGCUGGUCUCAGGAGGUGAUGACCGCCGGGUCUUACUUUGGCAUAUGGAAGAAGCCAUCCACUCAAGAGUCAAACCAGUUCAGCUGAAAGGGGAACAUCACUCUAAUAUCUUCUGCCUAGCUUUCAACAGUGGCAAUACAAAAGUGUUCUCUGGAGGCAAUGAUGAGCAAGUUAUACUCCAUGAUGUUGAAAGCACUGAGACCUUGGAUGUGUUUGCCCAUGAAGAUGCAGUGUACGGCCUUUCAGUGAGCCCAGUUAAUGAUAACAUCUUUGCCAGUUCGUCGGAUGAUGGCCGUGUUCUUAUCUGGGACAUCCGAGAGUCUUCCCAUGGAGAGCCCUUCUGCUUGGCACACUACCCAUCAGCCUUUCACAGUGUGAUGUUUAAUCCAGUAGAACCCAGAUUACUGGCUACUGCCAACUCUAAGGAGGGUGUGGGACUCUGGGAUAUUCGUAGACCUCAGAGUUCAUUACUGCGCUAUGGUGGAAACCUCUCUCUUCAGAGUGCCAUGAGUGUCCGGUUCAACAGCAAUGGAACACAGCUGCUGGCAUUGCGUCGGCGCCUGCCCCCUGUCCUCUAUGACAUCCAUUGCCGACUGCCUGUCUUCCAGUUUGACAACCAGGGGUACUUUAACUCAUGUACCAUGAAGAGUUGCUGUUUUGCCGGUGAUCGGGAUCAGUACAUUCUUUCGGGCUCUGAUGACUUCAAUUUGUAUAUGUGGAGGAUUCCUCCAGAUCCAGAAGCAGGUGGCAUUGGCAGGGUUGUCAAUGGUGCCUUUAUGGUAUUGAAAGGUCAUCGGUCAAUUGUAAACCAAGUCCGCUUUAAUCCUCACACUUACAUGAUCUGUUCUUCUGGCGUUGAAAAGAUUAUAAAGAUCUGGAGUCCGUACAAACAGCCUGACUGCACGGGGGAUCUAGAUGGUAGAAUUGAGGAUGAUUCGCGUUGCCUCUACACUCAUGAAGAGUACAUCAGUCUUGUGUUGAACAGUGGUAGUGGUUUGUCGCAUGAUUAUGCAAACCAGUCAGUCCAGGAAGACCCACGGAUGAUGGCCUUUUUUGACUCCUUGGUACGCCGAGAGAUUGAGGGCUGGAGUUCUGACUCGGACAGUGACCUCAGUGAGAGCACCAUCCUGCAGCUCCACGCGGGAGUAAGCGAACGCUCCGCUUACAGCGAGUCGGAGUCCUCCGCCUCUUUGCAUCACUCCCCACCACAUGUGGCUGAAGAGUCUGCUGAAACUGCCUAUAACUUAAGGGCCUUAAGGUCAGCUGAAUCCCCCUCAGCCAGAGAAGACGUGGCUUCCCGUCAGCAGAGGCUCUCUGCACUGAGAAAAUAUCAGGAUAAACGUCUGCUGGCCCUCUCCAAUGAGUCUGACUCUGAUGACAAUACCUGUGAGGCAGAACUGGACACGGACCUUUUCCCACGGCCGCGAUCCCCGAGUCCCGAGGAGAACGAAUCUAGCAGUUCCAGCAGCAGCAGCAGUACGGAAGAUGAAGAGGAACAACUGAAUGAACGACGUACAUCUAUGAGGCAACGCAAUGCGCUGAGGCACCGACAGAAGGUGCAAAAGGAGGAAAGGACUAGCACUAACACAGAGAAUGUCACCCCCUACAUAGGUGAGGAUAUCUAUGAUUACCCCCAGAUCAAAGUAGAUGAUCUUUCUUCUUCUCCAGCUUCUUCGCCGGAAAGGAGUUCAGCCAACAAGGAAGUUCUCAAAGAAAGGACCUCUCCUUGUUCAGACAAUGAAUCAGUGGAGAGAAAGAUUUAUAAAGCCUACAAAUGGCUUCAUUAUUCUUACAUAUCAUAUUCAGCUAAUAAAGAUGGUGAAUCCUCCAGAGGAGAUGGGGUGAAUGAUGAAGGGAAACCAGGAACUAGUGGAAGGCACAAUACAGCGCACUCUCUAAAUAAGGAAGAUGCUAGGAACUUGAGUUCAGCAGUUCCUCAAGGUUCCCCAGUUCUUUCUACUGAAAGCCACAACAAAGAAACUUUAAAAGAAUGCGGUUUGAUAGAAAAUUCUAGUAAUGGCCAGGCUCACGAAUGUGACAAUCAGCGGCGGAUGGAGGGUCAAGACAAUGCAUCUGAAGACACUACCAGCGGAGGUACAGAGCGUUCUUUCGAGACUAAAAAGCUCAAUGGAAAAGCUAACUGCAAAGGGCUAAAUAGUUGUACUGAAGAAGCUUGCAUUCAGACUGCAGGACUUGUGGAACAGAAAAAUAGUCAGAACUGUCAACCAGCAUCAAGCCAUCACUCACUGGUCCCUCCAUUCUCCGCUGUUGCCAUCUGCAGCAUGUCAAGUCACUGCUCCAGAAACCAGACUGAUGACAGUGAGGAGAGGAGCCUCGACGCUUCCUGCGUUAACCACAAUAAUGGCCACUUGCAUCUUCGCCCUUCAUGCUUCAGCAAUGGACAGAGUUGUGGAGAGCAGGAGGCUGUGAUUCAAGGACUACAGGUGCACUCAAAUGCUGAUAAUGGCAACCUUGAACAGAUGGGUGUGACCUUGCACAAAGACUGCUGCCUGUCUGAAAUGGACUCCAACAGCUACAACAUGAGCACAAGAGAGAAUAAUGCUGACUUGCAUCCUACAGGCAGUGAGAGCGCUCAAUCUCGCGGAGGACUGAAAAGACACAGAGCGGAGCUGGAAGAUGCAGAUUCAGAGAAAUCAUCCUUAGAAAAGAAGUUAAAAACAUGAUAAAUGCAGAUGUCUGUCGUAAUGUGCACUCAAAAAAAAAAAAAAGGAAAAAGGAAAGUAUUAAAGGCACAUAGAGCUUGGAUCUGAAACAUUGCGUUUGAUUCUCCAUUCCAUUCUUCAGUGGGUCUGUUUUAGAUUGCCAAUGGUUCAUGCUGUAUAAAAAUCCAACUUACUCCUUAAUGAGACUGAGUCUAGUGUACCCAUACAAGGUUCUGUUUAAAGUAAAUCCUUAUUAAGACGGUUGACUGAAUUAUUCUUGUGUGAACAUGUGUCUUUUAUUCAACCAGCCAACCAGGAUGACUGCUUUAAGUUUUAAUUGUUCUUCUUAGAAGGAAUUUUUCCAUUCUGACACUUAUUACACAUUGCAGACUGAAGAAUGACUGAAUUAGAUCACAUUGGUGGUAGCUCGGGGUGUGUUUCUUGUUGAGGAAAAUGAGGAAUAAAGCUUUCUGGUCAUUUUAUUCUA